GUGCGAUCUCCAGUUACAAACGCUGUUCUUCUUCUUUCCUAUAUAAUCCACAAAGAAGCUAACAAUCGUCCAAGAUGUCAUACUUUUGGUCUCUCGCAUUCCUGGCUGUCCUUCCUCUCGUCAUGGCUUAUCCAUCGGGCGCCCCCAUCAAUGCUUGUGUGAACUUGACACCGGGUCAUCGGUAUAGCGCAAGUGUGAUCAUCCCGCCUCAAACUGGGCCAAGUCCCUAUUCUCUCAGCGUCAGCAAGAACAUGUACACUCCAUCUGAAGUGCUCACAGUGUCCGUCACCGGCAGAUCAUUCAGAGGUAUUCUCCUGCAGGCUCGGUUGGCGGACGACACCCUGGUCGGCACGUUCAGCGACCCACCGACUAACACCAAACUUCUACAAUGCACCGACCCUGGAGACAGCGUUACCCAUACAAGCUACGCCCACAAAGAGGCGGGAACAUCCUUUACCUGGACCGCUCCUAGUAGUGAUGUCGGGAACGUUAUUUUUACGGCGACCUUUCUUCUAGAGUACAACGAGUUUUGGGUGAAAGUUACUUCUCAAGAGAUAAUGGCCUCUACGGACUUUAUAAAUGAACCAUUAUGUGGAUCAGACGGGGAGGACUUUCACUACUAUGCCAAUAUAUUUGAAAUGUUGGUAGCCAACGCAAGACUUGCACCUAAUUCAUUAUGUGAUACAGUACCUUUUACAGACGAUCCAAGUGUGAUUUCGGAUAGGUGCGUCCCUGACGGGACAGUUAUCUGCAAUGGACCUCGCUGUGACAUGCGGGUCACCAUUGAUUACGUACCAGAUACUGACAGCUAUGACGUCACAAUCAAUACACCAAUAGGAAUGGACGAGUGGACAGGAAUCGGUUUCUCUAGAAACGGAGCUAUGAUUGGUUCUGAUGCUAUCCUUGUAUGGAUAAACGGUUAUAAUGGUAUGAUACAGGUUAAGGACUACCAGCUCAACGGUAGAUACACAGGAGCCGUCGUGGAGGAUAGCAACAGUGAUGGACUGACUUUCCAAGAAAUGCAUUACCAAGAAGGUAUUCUCAAUGUCAGAUUCAAUCGUCUGCGCAAUACCGGUGACAGCAACGAUUUCGUCUUCACCGAUGAGGACAGCGGCUGCGCCAGGCUGCUGCUUCCCAAGCCCGGGGAUGGGUUCGGAUCCGUUCGGAACGGUGUGGUCCAAUAUCAUGGCAGGACACCCAUGGUAACUUCUAGCAUAUGUAUCAGGCCGUGCAUCAAUGGAGGUUGGAGUGAUUGGACAGAAUGGGGUGCAUGUCAGGCCAGGGUGUGUAGAAAAAAAGGUCAUCGUUUCCGGAACAGGAGCUGCAGCAACCCCGAACCCCUGCACGGUGGGUCUUAUUGUGAGGGCGCUAGCAGUGAGAGUGAGAAAUGCAAGAAGGCCGACUGCCCAGUUCACGGCGGCUGGAGUGCGUGGAGAGAUUCUACCCCCUGCUCCUCUACAUGUGGAUAUAGUACUCGAAAUCAGAUCAGAACCUGCGACAACCCGGCCCCUGCCAGGAGAGGUAGACACUGCAUUGGGCCAUCAUCGAAAACGAUCCGGUGCCGGGUCCCAGCCUCAUGUCCACGUCAAAUUGGGGAUUUUGACUCGUUUUUGUCAAGUUACAUCCCAACCACCGCAGCCAUCCCAGAGGUAGUAAUCCCAGAAGACAGCCAAUGGUCCUCGUUCGGCUCAGUGGAAGUUGAGAGCCCAAGGUCUGGCCCAGAAGUGGUGGAUAGUUGGAAUAGCGAGGGUGGUGACCAAGGUCAUAGUUUUAGCAGCUUAAAUGAAGUGUCGACUACCACAGAGAAUGAACAACCAAUCGUUCCUGUUCCACAGCAGAUCUAUGAAGAUAGUCCUUCUUUGAGUUCACUUGUACCACAGCCUGGACAGAGCAUAUUCUCCUCCGAUACUGAUAGCUCAAUACCCAGGUCAGAGGUCAUCCAAACUACCGCAAAGGCACCCGAAGAGAGCGCAUUCUCUUUCGUUGACUCUUCGUUUGAAUCUCAUGUACCACCAAUAGAAGUCAUCCAAACUACCGCAGAGAUUUAUGAAGCUAGUCCUUCUUGGAGUUCCCUGAUCGAACCACCCGAAGAGAGCCCAUUCUCUUUCGUUGAAUCUAGCUCGUUUGAAUUUCACGUACGACCGAUAGAAGUCAUCCAAACUACCACAAAGGCACCUGAAGAGAGCACUGUGCCCAUGUUUGAAGAUCUUGCACGACUGAUAGGAGUCAUCCAAACUCCCGCAGAGGUCGAGAAUCAUAGCGGACUGAUAUCGGCAGGUGGAAAUGGAAAUAUCACGUAUGAGAAUGUACCCUACACCAUCAGCAAACAGCUAAUCCAUGUUGACUCAUCAGGCGGACACACAAGGAUAUCCACAGCAUGAUUUAAAGAUACUAUGUCCCUUUUGCAGCCAACAUCAAAUUCUGUAGAACUUUGCAUACGUCUGGGGCAUGUGAAUAAAGUCACCAACGGCCUUCCAUACACUGUAAAAAAAAAUAAUAGUCGAAAUAACUCAAUAAAAUUGAGGAAAAGAAUUGCCUUAUU